ACAGACAGACAGACAGUCAGACAGACAGGCAACAGACAGACAGACUGACAGACAGGCGACAGACAGACAGGCAGACAGAAAGACAGACAGGCAGCGCUGGCUGGCCUCAGGGCCUCUACAGGCAGCGAGCAGACGAGCCAAUGAGGAAGGAGACAUCCACCCCCCUUCUCGUCCUGCCUGGCUCGGCUCGGCUCAGCUCGGCGCGCCCUGUAAUUAGGAGCUGUAGUUGGGUUGGGCGCCGCCACGGUGGACAGCCUGGCUGCUGUUUGGUUUGAGCUCCAGACUGAGAGGAGACCUCAUCUCGUUCUCAACACUGCUGCUUCAGAGACUUUAAAUCGGACAGCAGAGAGACAUGAACGGACAGUGUCCACCUGUCUUCGAGGAGAAGAAGCCCCCCCUCCCAAUCAUGGCUGGCAGCUCCAUCUCCACCACCAAGGAGUCCCCCACCCUGCCGGAGUCCUCGUCCACAGACAUGGGCUUCUACAGCGGACAGAGCGCGCUCCACGGCGCGCACGACCUGUACCCAGCGCAGCAGCAGCAGCAGCAGUACUCCGCGCAGCACAUGAACCCGUACGCGUACCACCACCACUACAACCUGCACGGGCUGGGGACCGGCGGGGCCUACCCGGUGGUCGCCAAGGCAGAGUACCCGUACCCCCACGCAGCGUACCGGGAGCACGGCGCAUUCAGCAGGGAGGUGCACGCGACGCUGCAGGACGUGAAAGAGGAACCAGACGUGGAGGUUCGGAUGGUCAACGGGAAGCCCAAGAAGGUGCGCAAGCCCCGGACCAUCUACUCCAGCUACCAGCUGGCAGUCCUGCAGAGGAGGUUCCAGUCGGCGCAGUACCUGGCCCUGCCAGAGCGGGCCGAGCUGGCCGCACAGAUGGGCCUCACACAGACGCAGGUCAAAAUCUGGUUCCAGAAUCGUCGCUCCAAGUUUAAGAAGCUCUACAAGAACGGAGAGUUUCCACUCGGGGAAAUUCCUCUUGAACACAGUCCAGACGCCAGCGAUUCCAUGGCCUGCAACUCUCCUCCAUCCCCGGCCGUGUGGGAAAACAGUAACGGCAAAACUAACAGCAACAACAACAACAGCAGCAGCAGCAACAACAACAACAACAACAACAACAGCAACAGCAACAGCAACAGCGGCAGCAGCAUCAAGAGCAGUGCAGUGAUGGAUCCGACCAGCAGAGGGCAGGGUCCCUAUCAGCCUCCUGUGGAUUCCUCGCCGGCCUGCAUGGGAGAGUACACACACCAGAACUGGUACGAGCAGCAGGGCGCACAUUUAGGUCUGCUACAGUUGGGCCCGACGCACCUCGCGCCGUCAACGGGGGCGUCGGCCACACAUAGUCUGGGAGCCGUUUACUGACGCUGGAACAUGGACUGCACAACAGGAGCUCCGCGCUUAAACACUGAGGGGAAUUCUUUUUUUGGAGCGCCGUUGGGAACAGAAACACCCGACAGUGAUCGUCAGAUACGAGUCAUGACUGUUAAACCCGACACAUAUGUUGUCAAACAGGCUUUUCUACAGUAAACGUGGAUUGAAAACAAGUGCUGGCCUCCGGAGUUUAUGAACUGAUUGAACUCGUGGAGAUUAGAGCGAUUGAUAUGUCUUAUUCAGUGCUGAGACUGAAUUCUUAUUUUAAAUCACAGAUAACAGAUGAUAUUUUGUAUAUUUAAUAUUUUUUAAAUAUGACCGUAUUUAUGCCAAAAAAAAACUUCCCUUCCAGUCUUCCAUAAAUUCUUCUUCUGGAAAGGGCCUCUGACGCAGCAUUUCCCCUCUAAAACGGAAUACUACUGACAUUUUCCGGGCUUCGCAGCAAAUUAAAGCCCACCACACCAACACGGCAAACUUUAAGAUAUGUUGGGCUUUAACCUGACAGAAAACAGGACUGUUUGACAGGUCAGGCACCAUGUUAGAGGGGAACAACACUGAAAGGCUGAUAACCUUUUAAAACAAAAAAACAUCAAUAUCAGACAAACACUGAAAUGAGCCAUGAGAGGGUGUUUUUGUAAUUUGUAAAAGAACAUCAUACACGGAGCAACGGAAGUCCUAUAGGACAUUAAUGGGAGGAUUUACUUCUGUAGCUCCGGCACAUUCUACCCGCCAUUCACAAAGUACUGUCCAAACAAUGUUUGUGUCCAUAGAUUUUUUUUGUCAAAAAGCUUUUUUUACUUAUAAAACCCAUCUGGAGCAGAUAAAAGUAAAAAAAAAAAAUGUACAUACAACAAUGGGCAAGAAAGCAGAAUGUUGUAUGCAGACUUUUGAUAAAGUGCCUCCAGUGAUGUCAUCUGAGUAGGGAUGUCACCAUAUCAGAAACUUAUAGUCGAUACCAAUACCAGAACAAAUUCCACGAUUCUCGAUACCAAUUCGAUACCACGGUAAAAAACAAAAGUAAAACAAUAAAUCCCAUGUAUUUCAACAUCCACUCCUUUUGUACCGUUUGCAUUCUGGUGUUUGUGAGGAAGUUCAACAGGUGCCCCACGGCCCCGAAUGGGAUAAUGAAUGAAUGAAUGAUAUUUGAACACAUCAUGAUAACGUUGGAAUUUACCUUCACCCAAUACUCAUUUUCACUGAAUAAAGCCUGAACACAUCAUAAUGUAAUUCUUUUGCACCUCCCGGUAACGGUAGCAGUUAUCUCGGUACAGGACUGUGCUGCUUACUGGCUGCUGACCGCCAACGUUAGCUAGAUCUCAUCCUGCGAUCAAUCGGCAGAUUGAUACAUGGAUUUGUUGACCACAAUGUAGCAUUAUCAGGGAAAAAUAGGGUACGUCCCCUGGAUGCGUCGAUAGUGAGUUUACUGUGUCCCAAACACGUUUUCUAUCGUCCCCGGUACGACAGAACACUGUUAGUCUUGAGACCUGACGGUGCCUGCGGUAGGUACUGUAGAAAAAUGUGUACCAUCACGUUUUCAGAAUUUUGGGUUCGCAUGACAUCCCUACACUUGAAGCAGAGGUGGUUGUAGUUUGAAAAUUAGAAAAAGAAAAAGAAGUGAUCUACAAGCAUAACACACCUGAAUCUCCGACCGAACUGUCGGUGGUUGAGUUGCAUUGUGGGUAAUGUAGGCGCCAGGUUUUGACAAGAAUAAUGCAUGAAAUAAAAAAAGACAUAUCUCUGGUUCUGCUGCACCAAUUUAGAUUUUUCUUUUUGAUAAUGUAGGAGUGCAAUGCUAACAUGGUGGAGAGCUCCUUUAAGGACCUUUAAAAGUUGAUUUCACAUGUUAGCUCAGCUCAGAGGUGUUCAACCUACUGCAAAGAAUAUAUCCCUUUUUUAAAAUGUCUUCCCUCCUCCUACCUUACCCGUUGCUGAGGCCUUCUCAUACAGGAAACAGCCUCAUGGAGUAAAAGCUUAAGGGUACAUGUAAAACCCCAGAGAUGUACAAAAUGGUACAAAAUGUGAUGGAAAUGUUAUCCAGCACUGUUUAUCCGUUUUUUGUUUAGGAUAUGGGUUACGUCCUCGAAUAUUAUGUCAAACAGUCAAAAUAAUUGUCGGGUACAAGCAGCAGUUCAGAGUCAGUGAGAAUGAAUGAGUCUUUUACGUCUGUGCAGCUUAUUCUCAGUCUCACUUUCAAAAAGUUAGGGGACUUGCGAGAGGCACAAUUGAGCCAGUGGAGGCCGAGGUAUCCCGACUUUUAGCCCGAGCUCUGAAAAUGCUGAAUCAAACAACCCCCACAAUUCAACACAAUGUAGCGUCUUUCAUUACACCCUCCUUAAACACCCACAUCUUUCACACUCCAUGUUAGCUUUUUAAUACAAGGCUUUCUGUUUUGAAUUUGAAAUCUGCAACCCUAAACCGAGAUAACCGUGAUGACAUCACUAUGACAUCGCCGGGGUAAUUUGACAAAGCUCCUCUAGAGCCACAGAAAACAUUAUACAACUGUUUCCACGGGCUGAGUAGUGCUCUUCUUCAUGAUAAGUAAACGGAUUCUCAUGGGUAAAAUUGUUGAAGUGGCCCCUUUAACUCCUCCUUAACUCCUAAAAAAACUAUCAAGAGCAAAAGUGAUAGCGGGGUCGGUGCUAAAACAUCUGGAAAAUAAGUUGUAUAUAUUCUAUUAACACAUCUGCUGUACUCAGGUUUUUUAUUUAUAGUGUCAACUGUAGAACAAAAGUGGCACAACAGUUUGUUCCUUAGGAGCUUUUUUUUUUUUUCAGAAAAAAUAAAAUAUAUUUGAAUCAGC